UUUGAUCUUGUAUGUGAGCAUAAAAUGGCUCGCUCUCAUGCACGUAUGAUACUGAUGGGUGGACUGCUUAUUGGAGCAAUAGGAACUGGAGUAGUUGCAGAUACAAUAGGACGCAAACUGGCACUAAUGGCCAUGAUCGCUCUACAAUGCUGUUCUGCAAUUGGUGUUGCAUUUACGGACUCAUUUGUUUUGUAUGUAAUCCUGCGAUUCAUCACUGGCAUCUCAGUCAGUGGGCUCUUCUUGGCUGUCUUUGUGCUAGGAAUGGAGUUGGUUGGACCUUCUAAGAGAAUGUUUGUGGGCAUCUUGGUGAACAUUUUCUGGUCGCUAGGAGUUAUGUUUCUUGGAGGCAUUGCUUACUUCAUCAGAGACUGGAAUUAUCUACAAAUGGCUUUGUCUUUCCCUUCACUACUUCUCUUCACUUAUUGGUGGCUGAUCCCUGAGUCACCAAGAUGGCUUUUAGCUCGUGGACGAGAUGAAGAAGCUGAAAUUAUCAUCCGACAUGCUGCAAGGGUUAAUGGUGUGACUGUUCCUGAAAAGCUUUUUGAUGGUAUCACAUUUGAUGAAGCUUACAGACGUGAAUCCCUCUGUCGUAUCUUCACAGCACCAAGGUACCUGCUGAGACUAGCUAUUUUAUGCUAUAACUGGCUUGCUGCAGCAAUGGUGUUUUAUGGCCUCAGUUUAAAUUCUGGAAACUUGGCAGGCAAUAUCUACAUCAACUUUGAGUUAAUGGGACUGGUGGAAAUCAUAGCUUACAUUAUCUGUCUGGCACUGUUGAACAGAGUUGGCAGAAAGAUUGUACAUAUCACAUGCAUGAUUGUUGGAGGAGGGGCCUGUCUCAGUACUAUCUUUAUUGUACUCUUUGCUAAUGAAUCUCUUCAGUGGAUUAAUAUUGUGCUUGCUCUAAUUGGCAAAUGUGGGGCUGCAGCAGCAUUUGCUAUUGUGUAUAUCUACUCGGCUGAACUGUUCCCAACGGUCCUUCGCAACUCUCUCAUGGGUGUCGUCUGUCUUUUUGCCAGGUUGGGUGGCAUGGUUUCCCCUUAUGUUGCUGACCUGAGUUCUAUUGUGGAGAGUAAAUUUGGUCAAGCUAUUCCUCUGACUGUGUUUGGGGCAUCUACAAUUAUUGGUGGACUCUUGUGUAUACUGUUGCCUGAGACACUAAACAGACACCUGCCUGAAACUCUGGAGGAUGCUAUCAAUUUAGGAAGAAAUGAUAAUCAUAGUAACAGCAAAAACCAGGAAGGAAUGGACGACUGCAUUAAAGAUAUCUCAGCAGAAGAAAGCAAAUGUCUAACUCAGAGUGCUGAUGGCUUUCUGGGUAAUGUUAAAGAAACCACAUUUAGUGAUGUGACUGCAAGCAGUGAAGCCAAACAACUUAUCCAUGUGUAA